GCAUGGUGCAUGUAGCCUUAAGGGCAGGUGCUGCCAUGACCAGUGCCUGGGCGGCUGUUCUGAGCCUGGUAACGCAAGUAGCUGCGUGGCCUGCAGGAACCUCCAGCAUAUGAACACCUGCGUAGAGAAGUGUCCUCCUGGAUACUACGUCUUCAGGGGUUGGCGCUGUGUCAGCUUCUCCUUCUGCCAGCUUGACGUGUUCGCCGUGUGCAGGCCUGUGUCCCAAACUGUGUGUUGGAAAUAAGACGAUCGACUCGGUUACUUCAGCACAGGCUUUGAGAGGCUGCACUGUUCUCCACGGCAACAUGAUCAUCAAGAUUCGAGGAGGAAAUAACAUUGCAGCUGAGCUGGAGGCUAGCUUGGGCCAGCUUGAGGAGAUUACAGGCUACCUCACUGUUCGAAGAGCCUACGCUCUGGUCUCCCUCUCCUUCCUCCGCAAGCUGCGCAUCAUCAGGGGGGAGCAUCUAGAGGCAGAUGUCUACGCCUUCUACGCACUGGACAACCAAAACCUGCGGGAGCUCUGGGACUGGUCCAAGCACAAUCUGACCAUCCAGCAUGGUCGAAUGUUCUUCCACUACAACUCCAAGCUUUGCAUGUCUGAAAUCGAAAAGAUGGAGCAGGUGACGGGAACUAAGGACCGCAACCAAAAGAAUGAUAUCGCUGUGCGCAACAACGGGGACCAAGCCUCCUGUGAGACCAAGCUUCUGAACUUCACCGUCAUCAAAACCUCAUCGAAUAUGAUUAUGUUGAGGUGGGAGGCUUUUUGGCCCUUAGACUUCAGAGACUUGCUGGGCUUUAUGGUUCUCUACAAAGAAGCUCCGUACAGGAAUGUGACAGAGUUCGAUGGACAGGACGCAUGUGGCUCUAACAGCUGGGCGAUCGCUGAUGUUGACCCUCCACCCCGUAACACGGAAAGCAAAAAGGCAGACGAGCCCGGGCAUCUGAUCCGCUCUUUGAACCCCUGGACUCAGUACGCCAUCAUGGUGAAAACCCAGCUGUCUGCGUCUGACGAGCGCCAGGUUCAUGGCGCCAAGAGUGAGAUCAUCUAUGUCCGCACCAACGCCACAAAGCCCUCUGUGCCUCUGGAUCCCAUCUCCUCCUCAAACUCCUCUUCUCAAAUCAUCCUGAAGUGGAAGCCCCCUACCAGCCCCAAUGGCAACAUCACCCACUACCGGGUCAUCUGCCGUAAGCAGCCUGAGGACAGCGACCUCUACAAGUUCGACUACUGUCUCCAAGGAAUGAAGGUGCCGUCGCGCACGCCGACCCACCUGGACAGCGAGGAUGAGCAGAAGUGGAACCACACAGAUGAGCCCACCUCAGGGGGGGGCUGCUGCGCUUGCCCCAAGACAGACAUCCAACUGAAGAAAGAGCAGGAGGAGAUAGAGUACCGGAAGACCUUUGAGAACUACCUCCACAAUGAAGUCUUUGAGAGCAGACCAUCUCGUCGAAGGCGCUCGGUUGGAGUUGCGAACGCCACCCAAAACUCUCUCUUCCUCACCACAAUCGCAAGUCUGCCAUCAUUCGACUCCAGCACAGCCAGCCCUGAAGAUGAAGACCAAGAAGAUGAGGGAUCAAAGGUGGAGCUGAAAGUGAUCUCAAAGGAGACAACGGUCAUCUCCAACCUGCACCACUUCACCAGCUAUAAGAUAGAGAUCAUGGCGUGCAACCAUGCGACGGACUUCAAACGCUGCAGCAUGGCUACUUAUGUCAGUGCUAGGACUAUGCCAGAGGAGAAAGCAGAUGACAUCCCAGGCCCUGUGACCCAUGAGAUAGUGACGGCUGAGCCUCCCUAUGUGAUGAUUAAAUGGAACACACCUAAUUCACCAAACGGCCUCAUCAUCAUGUACGAGGUGUUCUACAGGAGGGUCGGGGACUCGGAGGUUCACAUAACUUGUGUGUCCCGGCCCUACCUUAAGUUAGGUGGCACCAAGCUCUCACUUGUGCAGCCUGGAAACUACAGCGUGAAGGUCCGCGCCACCUCUUUGGCAGGAAACGGCUCCUUUACAGAUACCACUUACUUCUUCAUGCCUAACCCUGACCCAGGUUUGAUUUGGAUAGUCAUCGGCCCAGUCAUCUGCUUCAUCCUGCUGCUGUUCGUGGGAGGAGGAGUCUUUGUGAUCUUAAAGAAGAAGCAAACAGAGGGCCCAACAGGACCCCUUAUCGCCUCCUCAAACCCUGAGUACCUCAGUGCCAAUGACGUGUACGUUCCUGAUGAGUGGGAGGUCCCCCGAGAGAAGAUCCAGGUGCUCAGAGAGCUGGGUCAAGGCACCUUUGGCAUGGUGUACGAGGGCAUUGCCAAGGACAUAAUCAAAGGAGACCCUGAUACACACGUAGCCGUUAAGACGGUCAAUGAAUCAGCCAGCCUGCGUGAGAGGAUCGAGUUCCUCAACGAAGCCUCUGUGAUGAAGGCUUUCAGCUGUCACCAUGUGGUACGUCUGCUAGGUGUGGUUUCCAAAGGUCAGCCCAGCCUGGUGGUGAUGGAGCUGAUGACCCACGGUGACCUAAAGAGCUACCUGCGUAGUCUAAGGCCUGACUCUGAGAACAACCCGACAGGCCGUCCUCCUCCUACGCUGAAGGACAUGAUCCAGAUGGCAGCAGAGAUUGCAGACGGCAUGGCGUACCUCAAUGCCAAGAAGUUUGUGCACAGAGACCUGGCAGCCAGGAACUGCAUGGUGGCAGAAGACUAUACCGUCAAGAUUGGAGACUUUGGUAUGACCCGAGACAUUUACGAGACUGACUACUAUCGUAAAGGAGGGAAGGGUCUGCUCCCGGUCAGGUGGAUGGCUCCAGAGUCUCUGAAGGACGGAGUCUUCACUGCCCACUCUGACUGCUGGUCGUUUGGCGUUGUGCUGUGGGAGAUCAGUACGCUAGCAGAGCAGCCUUACCAGGGUUUAUCCAACGAACAGGUUCUAAAGUUUGUGAUGGAUGGAGGAUACUUAGACCGGCCGGAGAACUGCCCCGAGAGGAUGCACAGCCUAAUGCAGAUGUGCUGGCAGUACAACCCCAAGAUGCGACCGAUGUUCCACGAGAUCAUCGAGAUGCUGCGGGAGGACUUGCACCCGUCUUUCCAGGAGUUGUCCUUCUUCUACAGCGAGGAGAACAAAGUCCCAGAGACAGAGGAGUUUGAUCUAGACCUGGACAACAUGGAGAGCAUCCCUCUGGACCCGUCUUCUUACUCGCAGAGAGAGGAGAGCUUAGGCAGGGACAGCGGGCCCUCGGUGGCCCUAAGGGGGAACUAUGAGGAACAUGUCCCCUACACACACAUGAACGGUGGCAAGAAAAACGGACGAAUCUUAUCGUUGCCCAGAUCCAGCCCUUCCUAACAUUUCCUGUUUCCUAGAAGAACUUGUUAAACUUAUCCCCUUCCACUUCCCAUCCUUCUUUCUCUUCCAGUCCAUUUUUUUCUGUAUCCUUCAUGUUCCUCGCAUCAUUUUCUAAUGAUUGAUUAUUCUUAGAGAACCCGUCAAAAAACAACAACACAGAUCUCAGGACUUUUUAUUUUCUUUCUCACAGCUGCCGACACACAGGCAAGCAAGGGAUGCAAACAUGGUGUAACACUUUUUUUUACUUCCUCCACAACACAUCGGAUUUUCUAUUACAAUAUUACCAAUCUAUUGUUUUUCACUAAUGCCACGUUUCCAGGACUCCUUGUGAGGGAAACAUUUAAAGAAAAAGAAAAACUGUGAACACAACAAACCUUAGACAACCAAGAUGGCUGCUUAUGCUCAACCUCCUCAAGACUUGUCCCCUCUUUUUCUCCCCAUCAUCAAUCUGCAUUUCCACAUCUCUCUGCUUUGUGUUUGUUUCUCCAAGUGAAAUCUUGUUACUCAGAUAGUGGCCUUUUUGUACGUGGCCUAUAAACAAAGAUAAGUGUCUACAGCGCUUAUACUAAUUUCCUUUUUUGAACAAUGACUUAAUCAGUUUGGAACGGUGGGAUGACUUGCAAAGACUUGAUCCUAGAACAAACAUCUAUUCCUAGAGGAAUGUUUUCUUUUUCUUUUUUCCUUUUUUUUUGUUCUGCAGAAUUCCAAACUACACACAGAUUCAUCGGGUGUUUGGUGAAUAGGUUUUAAUUUAUUUGCUUUUAUUGUUGUUUUCUCUUUUCUUCUCUUCUUUCUCAGUUUUAUUUCUGUGUCCUCACUAUAUGGCUGAAGGAUAUUUAAACAGUUAAGAAUUGGACAAAGGAGUUCCUCAGACUGACCAAUAGCUGCUGCUUUGAUAUAUUUUAGUGGGUAUAGAAUAUAUAAAUAAAUAUAAUAUAUAUAGUAUAUAUGGAAUAUUGGUGUUUUAAGUACCAAUAUUUGAUAUAUAAUAUAUGACAUAUUGAUGUUUUGUAAAUAGUUUGUGCGUGUUGGCCAUAUUUGUAAUAUUUUUCAUCAGAAGCUUUGCUGGUAUUUUUGUUUUGCCAGUUUUUUGUUUUUUUCUUUCUGGUUUUCUAAAUUUUCGUAAUUUUAUAGCCCCAACAAUCACACUAAUCUACCAUCAGUGCUCUCUGUGUCUUAGGCCUCCAAAGCCCUCAGAUAUUGUCAACUGACUGCAUCCUUUUCUAUAAACCUCGGCCCCACUGAGAGCUUUCAGCAUUUGGAGGCACCUUAACUACAACAUCGACAGGAAGUUUAAAAAUGGAAUAACCAAAAAAAAGCUAUAUAAAAUGGGAAAGAGGUCUUUCUAGGUAGAAGUGCACCUGAUGAGUGUUAGUCUGCUGUCGCUCUCUCUCUCUUUCGCUCUCUCUCUCUCUCUCUCUGGUCGGGUCACGCGGGAGGUUUUUAUGUGUCUGUUAUUGCUGGUUUAUUGCGUCUUUCACGUGAUUGUUGUGAACUCUCAGAGAGGUUAGAGAGUGUGGAAAGCUUUGUCCUGGCCUGGUGAAUGUACUUUUGUGUGUUAGUGUAACAGUUAUGGCUUAUCAGUUGUGUGUGUGUGUGUGUGUGGGGGGGGGGGGGCUUAAUACCUAAGCCCUAAGCAAAGUGCAGGUGCAGUGGACAAUUUUCUCUUUAUUAUAAAAGCCUUCUUCAUUUAAAUCAGAGAGCAGUAGCGUUCCCUUCCCAUCUGACCUGUAAUCUACCUUUAAGAUGGUUGCUUUUCUUUGAUUUGACACAUAAUGUUCUCCUCUCCCUGUUAGAGCUCUCCUCUGCACCACACACACCUCCUGCACACUCUCCCCUACUCAGCUCUUCCCAUUGGCUGCUGAGCUCACUGCUCAAAAUCAGGCUGCUGGAAAUUUCCACGUUUUGUGGUCGAGGGGUGGAGAGAUGUAGAAAGGGCUGGAGAAAUAUACGGAAAAUUCCAACUGUGUUCAGUCCACAGCAGGUAGUGAAGUGAGAGAGAAAGGGGGACAUUCUCUCUCUCUGUGUCUCUAUCUUUCAGUGUGUCUGAGAGAGAGAGAGGGAGUGUGUGAGCAAUUGUUAAUCCUAUUAUUUUCUCUGCCAUCACAUGCAGUCAGGACACAGUGUGCAGCAGCUAUUUCACUCAGGUCUGACAUUACAGGGUUAUGUUGGAACUCCUUGUUCCUUCAUUUCCUCUGUUUUUUCGCCUGACUGCUCGUAAAGCUGAUGCCAUCAACACACACCAUCAGAGUCAGAAUAAACCCACAAAAGGCUUUGUUUUUUUCUUCUUCAAUCUUUAGUUUGUCCCUCCCUCUGGGAAUGAGAAACAUUCCUGUUAUCUGUACCCUUACUCAUUGUCCUCAGUCUUAUUUUGACAAUGACAAAGGUCCUUCAUUCAGAGUCACACAGCAGAUAUUCUCCUCUCACUGUCUAACCACAGCAUUCAAUGACGUGGGAAGUGAAAUAUGGCAUAUGACAUGUAGAGAUGAACCUUUUUAUUUUAUUUUAUUUUUUCCAUUUCUGGACUCACAGAACCAUGAGGUUGCCAAUCUAUCCGAGCAGCGCUCAGCAUGUAUAGUUUAGCCAAAAUUAGGGCAGCUUUCUGUCAACAAGGAGAAUCCACAGAAUCAGAGAAAGCAGAGAAGCUGCCUCCAUACUAUAACAGUGCCUUCUCCAACCCAGAGCCACGUCCAGACUAGCUGCAUUGGCUAGUAAAACACACGCACACACACAAACAUAGAAAGGCCUCUAUGCUCUCUCUGUAUUUUUUUCUCAAGGCAAGAGACACAAAAUAAAAUCCAAGCUGCAUCUGCAUUUGUGUUUGUAGGGUGUGUCCCUCGCUGUAAGAGAAGUCAUCCCUGUUGGCUGUAUUGGUUGAUUUUCUUCUUUAACUUUUUUUUAAAUUUUUUUAUCUGGGCUUGUUUGCCAGCGUAAGGUUUGAACGUUUAUGUUCUCCCUGUGCUCGUGCAGUGACACUGCAGAGCGGCCAGAGUCUGAGCUGUUGGCACUUAGAGGCGCCUGAGGUUAUGAUGUAGAUUUUAAGCUAAUUAUUCCAAGGAGUUACAAUCUUUGGGCUUUUGUACUUUGUAAAUAAUCUGUGACAUAGUUUGGAAAAUAAAAGCAGAAAAAAAGAUUUAUAGAAAAAAAAAAAAAGAAGAAAUGACGAUGCCCGUCAGUUUGCAUACAUGACAGAAAAAUGGUGUAACUUAGCUGUGUCAAACUUUCAUACGAUAUACUUAGUCUCGAUCUUAAAAGUACACUGUUUUAGUACGCCUUCAAUCUUCCAGUCAAACUCACUACAUAGUCAACGUAGACUCAGUAUUUAGUAUGGAAAUAGGACACAGCUCUCGUCUCCACCUCGACCUAGGUUGCUUAUCUUGUGGUGGUCUUCACACGCAUAUGCAAUUUUUAAUUACGAUGGUGCCCAUAUCUUUGAAAUACCAGAUAUUUAUUUUAUUAUGAUCAUUGUCAUUGUGUAAGAAAAACACAGUUAGCUUUUUAGUCACGCAUUUUUAAGGUGUUUUGAGAGUGAAGCGAUGUAAACGUUUGUUAUUGUACAGGUGUAGUAGCUGGUGGGUGAGCAGCAGGAGUGCUAGUUAGUCCAUUUCUUAGUUUUGAAAUGUUGUUGUCUUUGUGUUUGGCCAGAGUCUACCUCAGUGCAUAUGGAGGAAUCAGUCUAAAGAGCCUAAAUAUUCCCCCAGUCAGUCACUUAAUAUAUCCCUUCAUGACAAAUAUCACCUUAUCAAACAUUACCAACACUGCUGAUCAAUUCCUUUCACCUGUGGUAUCAUCUAAACCCCUCCUUCCUCCUUGUUUCAGUCGUUUUUUCUUCAUCUUUUGCCCCAGAGGGAAGCUUUCUAUGACCCCUGGAAGAAGUGGAAAUUAUUUGGAGCAAGACUCCUAAAAUUUGGUUUGCUUCUGUUUGAAAUGGCUUGAUUUUUAAAGCUCAUUUCCUGUCAGAUGUGACCGAUUUCUGAAACAACUUUCAGGAUACACAAUCAGUAUCCCUCUCGUUAUCUGGUUUGUUGGUUGUUGGUUGGUCGGAUGUUUUUACUGCUGACAAAUAGCCCUCUAACAGGGAUACCUUAAACCUUAUCAUUUUUAGCCCUGGCCCUUAUAAUAUUAUGAAUAAUACAUUAGUAGAGAAAUUGGGCAGUAAAUUGACUUCCUCUACAAAGUUUAUUUGUAUUGUUUAUAAAAUGACUCACAAGAGGCUUCCCCCCUGGGCACUGGAAGAAGCAGAGUAGCUUGAGGCUUUGUAUUCCCCUUCUCCAAAUACACGAUUGUGCUUUAAGUGUAGCGGUUCAACUGUAUUUCUGGCAUGAGUAUCCUUACUCUCACUGCAUAUCUGUGAUCACUGAGUUUUUUUUAUAUCACAUCAAAACUGAACCUGUUGUCUUGCAGAAAGCCUCGACUCCUCUUCUAAACAGUUAGGGUUCAAUUCCCACGUCUCCUCCAGUCCUUGUUGGUUUUGUUUGUUUAGUCUGUUUCUCUGUUCUGAUUUUUGUUUUGUAUAUAUAUUUCUUCUACUGUGAAUAUCAAGAGAUGACCUUUAUUUUCUGUCAAUGCCAUGGGUUGGUUCUGUUUUGGCUGAUCAGACUUCCCCACCCUCUCACUGUCCCUCUCUCCCCUGGAGAGGGAGAGGGAAAAGAAAAAGCUGAACUGGGACAAUCCUGUGUGCCAUAUUAACUUUUAACAGACAUGAAAUCUAAAUUGUAACUUCUUGUCUCAUGGGGGCAGCCUGAGUCUUUUUUUUUUGGAGGAUGAGGAGGAAGAAGAUAUCUACUUACCUUUGACCUUCUCUGACUGAAACGGAAAUUCUCCAGCAUCCUUGCAAGAGCAAAACAAAGAUCCCUAUUUCCAAAAAUAUCUAAAAUCUUUUUGCCCCAAUGAGAUCAUUUCCUUUCCCUGACUCUGAUUUGAUUGUGGUCUGGACUGCUCUCUAGAGGUUGGAUGGGAGCAUAGCAGGUUCAGGGGUGGCAAAGCAAACAGGGCCUCCCAUGACCCAUAGUGCCUUGCUCAGACUUAACAGCCCCCCUGACUCCCCUCCCGCCCAGAGCAGAACAGCCGCUGACUGGCAUGUCUCCACCAAUCGUUGAAGAGGAUUUUCCUCCUCCUGACAUGAAAAGGAAAAAAACAAAAAUAUUUUAAGUAUUCUGCAGGUAAAAUUAUCAACCUGCUCGGUGGGAAAAUACUGUAAAUUGGGUGAUAGGACCGAUGUUUUCUCCAAUAGAGAAGUGUUGAACUUGUGUCUCUUCUUUGGUAAGCUCUAGCUUGCUUUGUGCAUGGAAAUGAAUGAUCUUUACCAGCAGGUAGCUUGAUUAUUUCAUGCUUACUGAUUUUGCUUCUCAUCAGUCUUUGUUGACAGCAGCGAUGCCCCAAAGCACAUGCACAAACUCCAUGAUUAGAAUACUUGCAUUAAAAUUGGGUAUUUCUAUUUGAAAUGCUUUCAGUUUUUCUGCGAUUAGAUUCAUAAGCUCUUCACUGAAAAAAAAAAAAGUAAAGAGACCCCCUUUUGCCCCCUGGAAAACAAAAGCACUUGACUUUAGGGAAGUUUGGGCUCAUUUUGUUCACCUCUGAUGACCUAAUAAGUGGUUGGACAGAGCAUGCUUGUAGGGAAAGCGCAGGGUGCGGACAAAGCAUUGUAUGUAUUAUUGUUUUGUUUUAAAGAAAAGAAAAAAGUAUUACAUUUUAGAGAUGUUGAUUUCUAUUUUUUUUUUUUUGCCAAAGUAUGGAGGGCAAAUCCAAUUACUUUAUCUGACUGUACUUUUAUUACUCUUGUACGUUAUGAAUUUAACAUUGUUAUCGAUGUGUAUAUAACUUUUUUUUUUUUUAAUUUUAAAGAUGGAUGUUUUUGUUUCGUUUUGUCGUUGUUCUCGUAUCACAACCCACUACACAGAGAAGCAGUGGAGUCUGCCCGUGUCUUUAACAGGAGCUGCACAGCUGCAUUCUGAGGGCUUACUUCUGUUGAAAGAAGGCGUUAACAGUAUGUGGCCCUGAAUCACUCAAAAUCAACCCCAGCUCUGAUGCAUGUUCCAAAUGUUGGUCGUUCAGCAGGAAGUUGUGCAUUUACCCCAACCGCCCCGCUACAGCAGCAUGUCACCCGAAAAGCCUUUUAUCAUGUCACAGAUAUGUCACCCAUCACAGAUGUUGUUAUAUGAAAUUGUUUCUGACAAAAGAUGUGUUUUUGUUUGCAAAUGUGUUUUUAUUUUGUAUGUGAAAACUGGAAAGACCACUGCACAUCCUUUUUGAAGAAGAGGAAACAUUAGUGAUAAAACCCUUAAUAAGCUAAAAAAAAAAAAAAAAAAAGAAUAUUUCAAUGAUGAUCAACAACCGUAUGUCUUUAGGUUUAGGCUGUAAAGUUGGAGAUGUUUCAGGAUGAGGGUGAGACAUUUUGGAAAAUAUGCUUACCGGUAUUUGUUUUCUUGCUCAGAGGUAAAAAAAAAAAUUUUUAAAAAAGAGGACAUUGAAAAUAAGUGGCAGCCUCUCAUUAGCUUUAGCUUUGAAUAAAAAGACAGAAACUGAGAGUGUGGCUCUGACAAAAAGUUCUAAAAUCUCUCUACCAGAUUCCGUAGUGUUAUGGUGACUGGAAAGUUAACAUGUGAAAACUCCUAAAUGUAAGAAAAAAACGUUUUGAAAUUGCCAGACAAUUGGUCAAAUAAUGUCAUUGUAGUUGUGUGUUUAAUCUAAAGGGCCUAAACAAUAAUAAGGUGAAACAAGUGUAUAAGUUAGUCCAGAAAUGUUUCCAGGAAAUCGUUAAUACUUUUGGAAAGAGACAGGCUAGCAGUUUCCCCUUAUGCUAAGCUAAGAGUCAGCUAGUUGAGACAUUAAUGUGACUGACAUACGAGCAAUCCAACUUAAUUCCGAAACUGUUCCUUCUAAAGGCUCAGCGUAAAGGUGAUCCACCUUCAGGUUAAGAUUGAAGUGAGUGCUGUCUGUCAGAAGUGUAAUGAUGACCUGUUGGAUUUUGUCUUAUCAAUUAGGGAGAGAUCAACCGUUGACAGACAGUCUGAGGAAAAGCAACCUCUUCUUCAGUUUUAGGAGUCAUCUGUCAGUCCAGUGGUCUGCUCCAGUUUACACACAGAUACCUUCUAUUUAUCUCUGUCCUGUUCCCUGUGCUGUGUGUUGUUGAAUUCUAUGGAGUCCUGUCUGUGUUGUCCUUGGUUGAAGUCUUUAUCACAGCUUUCUUGUCUCUGAUUGCUGCUCCUCCUCCUCCUCCUCCUCCUCCUCCUCCUCCUCCUCCUCCUCCUCCUUUCUGUGUCCUCUUUCUCUCCUCAGUGCACAUAGGUGGUCCCCAGAAUGCUGUGUGUAGUCUUGCAGGAUACCUCUUUAUAAAUGUCAUUUAUUGCCGAUGAAUAUGCUGAUGUAUUAAUUUUUUUUGGAAUAUGUUAUGUAUACAUUAUGUUGAGACAUCGAUGCGUAUGCAGACAGCAGGUGUAUAUGUGUGUAUGUACAGUCCAAAACCCGCAACCCGCAGAGAUCGCUUCAUCCCUCACACUGGAUCCAAAUGUGCCAUUAUCUUUAUGUAUAUCAACAUAUUGAACACACAUACACACACACACACACACACAGAGAGACAGAAAUACAUGCAUAUUGUACAGGAUCAAAAAUGUGCCAUGACUAAAUGAACGCUUGACAAUUUAUUUUUUCUAUGUUUUCAAAGGAGAGCCAAGUAGUGACAUGUACAGAAAAUGUUGCAAUGAUAUGAAAAUAAAAUCUUGCUGUGUGUAAAUUAUUCAACAAUUAACUGUUUAUAUUAAAAUUAUGAAUAAAAUUAUUGGAGAAUA